AGAGAGAAAGAUGUGAAAGAAACCAGUGAUGACAAGAUUCUACGCUACUGUUUGCAGUGUAAGAAAAAAUAUCCAGAGAACUUGGUUGUGUUGCUUAGCAACGACAAGAACCUUUGUGUGAAGGCUUCAUUCAGCGGAGUGCCAUCAUCUGGAGAUAGGCUCUUUAUGGAUGAGAUCAUUAAACAGGUCAAAAGCCACUCUCAGCUCUGUCUCUCCUCCUCUGACGACAACGAUAUAUUCUCACCCAGCGAGGAGUGUCCCUCCUCAGCUUCAGGGAGGUCCUCACCGGAAGGAGCCAUCACCUGUAUCUCUCCCAUGGAGUUCACGUCCCCAGGAACAUUCCAAAACAACAACACAUCUACAGUGAAAGACCUCAAGACUCACAGUGAAGACAAUGAAAGAAGAAAGCAACCUUGCAUAUCUCAACAAAAUGAUAGAAAGAGAACCACACCAUCUCCCCUCAUGAAUCAGAGUGAUGUGAACAGACCAAAGCCAUCUUCACCAGCAUCACAGAGUGACUUGAGGACUAAAUCAAACAUUACAAUGGGAGAGAAGGAGACAAAGACACAAGGAAGGCCAUCUACAUCUUCUACAGCCCCUUGUGGAACAGUUAAAGCCAAAUCGGAUUUGAUAGAGGAGAACAUUGAUCAUCCACAUGCAUCAGAUUCAGCCACAGAGAGAAAGAAAAAGGAGAGAGAUUACACCAUACAGCUGACAGGUUUUUUGAGGCUUGCUUUGGUUGUUAUCCUCAGACAGGAGAUGGUAGAGAGCUACACUGAUCACUGGUUAGAGAUUGUACACAAGAAACCUCCUUGGUCUCUCCUAGAUGCCCUACAAUGUAUCAAGAAACAUUAUGUAGCUGUGUUUGGAUUACUGCUAGGGCGUAGGAACUCAGAGGAGGUGGAUCAGCUUAUCUCUAUUGUGGAAAGAAUUAGAGAAGAAGAUUCUUUCACAUCAAAACAGCUGAACUCCUUUCACUCUGCUGCUAAGGAGAUCUUAAAUCCACUACACAAAAAGACAAAGUACAAGGAUGUCACCACCAAGUGUGAAGGUGACAUUGAGAGGGUGUACCGUCAAUGGAAGAAGAUGAUACAGGAGGCCUCAAAACCUACAACCAGUACCGUCAUCACCCAGGCUGCAGAAACACCACCAAGAAUAAUAGGCUUGGAGCCUUUAGAAGAGAAAGAGAGUGUGCAGGAGAGCGAAGAUAUGUGCAUUUCACCACCAGCUACCUCUUCCUCCAACACACCUGAGAGAGGGACAGAAACCAGACUGCUAAUUAAAAACCAGGGAGCUAGGCAGGAGAUGGGAGAGAGAAGGGGAGGAGAUGGAAUGGACCAUGUGACCUUCUGCGUUCUUUCAUGCUUCGAAGCCGUCUACACUGUACUGAAAUACCAUAGGGAUGUGAUCGUAUGGUCCUUCAAGCACCUUGCCAGUGGCUGCCCUAUAGAGGGCCUCCCAACCAUAGGUGCUAGCCUGAACUACCUCUCUGUGGCGUUACCUCUCGUUGAGAUCAUCGUCCAGUCUCUUCUAAGAUUGAUAGGUAGCUGCAUCCCUGUUCCUCUGUCACGCUGUGCAGAGGUCGUCCAGUCUCUACAUGCCUAUGUACAAGCUCUAAAGCUUGAUUUGGACAUCAGUGGGUUUCAUCCAGAAAUUUUGCACCAAUUCCUCUUGACAGAAGACAACAGAGAAAGAAUUGUGGUAGGGAGCCAACAAUUUUCAGAAGUGUUGCAGCAGCUCCAUGAAUGUAGGGUAACAUUGUGUCAGUUCUGAGACAAAAUUUGUGCUGUAGGUUGUAAUCAAGACUGAAACUGUAAUUCCUUGUAUAUUUAUUGUAUUCAAACUGUGUGGGAGAUUUUCCCUGAGCCACUCGCCCAUUUUUUGUCUUUAUUUCUGAUUGAUCUGAUUGAAUCAACAAGCGAGUUCGUAAAUAGCCACUGGAGUCGUAUGACCUCAACGUGUUAUAGGUCACAUGACCAUAAACUCGCCCAUUCACUCACACGCUCUGCGUAACAUACAUAGGGCUACGUGAAAAUUUGUGCGUGUGUUCGUCCUUCACUGUUUAGUGUAUGUUUUACCGGCUGUUCGCCAUGCUUUCUAUCUUUUUAUUCAUCGAAAAUU